AAUCCAUGUGGUUUUCACCUUAGUCCACUUGGCAAGAAUCUAAUCCUACUACUAUGAGUAAUUCACCAAACCAAAUCUCUAAUUUCUUGCCCACUGCUGCAACCGUCCCAUCUACUUCGCCUCUUUCCUCACAACCACCAUCUCAUCCCCAAAUUCAACACUUACCUGCAUCACCUACAAUUGAUACAUCCUCCUCCUUGUCCUCAGUUGACCUCACCUCCACAUCUAAGACUCCAUCUCCGAAUCAACCAUCAUCCUUAGACAACUCACCUCCAUCAUACCCUGAUGUUCACCCCACAAUAUCUACCUCACCUUCUCCUCCACCAAUACCACCACCCACCAAAACUCACUCCAUGAUCACACGUUCCCAAAACCAAAUCUUUAAACCCAAGCAACUUUAUCUUGCAGAAACACCUUGUUUUGAAAGUGAGCCAACAUGUGUAAGUCAAGCACUGAAAGAUCAUCAAUGGAGGCAAGCCAUGUCUGAGGAAUUCAAUGCAUUGGUGAGUCAAGGUACGUGGGAUCUUAUUCUUCUUGCACCUAAUCAAAAUGUUAUUAGCUAUAAAUGGGUUUUCAGGGUGAAAAGAGGUAAGGAUGGACAAGUUGAACGCUAUAAGGCUAGACUAGUGGCUAAAGGCUUUCAUCAAAAACCAAGAUCAGACUACUUUGAAACAUUUAGUCCUGUUAUCAAACCGACAACCAUCUGGAUAGUUCUAUCCAUUGCAGUGAGCAGAGUAGGAUUCAUUGAUCCUAAUCUUCCAUACCAUGUAUGCCAGUUGCGCAAAGCCCUCUAUGAGCUUAAACAAGCCCCAAGGAUGUGGUUUAGGGAACUAAAAGACUUUUUAGUUUCGCAUGAUGAUAUCCUUGUCACUGGAAGCAAUCCUAAAGCUAUUGACAACUUGAUUACUGCAAUGGAUUCCAAAUUUUCCUUGAAAAACCUUGGUCAAUUGGACUUCUUUCUUGGGAUGGAAGCUAUUCAAGCUGCCUUUGGUCUAUUUCUUUCACGAAAAGGUCUAUCCAAGACAUCUUGCAGUGCACAAGCAUGGAGAAUGCAAAGGCAGGCUUUAGCAGCAACUAGCUCUGAGGUUGUUUGGGUCUGCAAUCUUCUUCAUGAACUUGGUGUCUAUCAAUCCACACCACAUGUGCUCUAUUAUGACAAUCUUGGUGCUACCUAUCUUAGUCGCAAUCCUGUCAUGCAUUCACGUAUGAAACACAUUGCUAUUGACCUCCACUUUGUUCAUGACUUCAUGGAUCAAAAACUUCUCCACGUUUCCCACAUCUCUUCUAAGGAUCAACUAGCUCAUGGACUUACAAAACCAUUGUCAAGCAAUCAUUUCAUUUCUUUGCGGUCCAAGAUUGGAGUCACAGAUGGUUCCUCCAUCUUGCGAGGCCAUGUUAAGGAAAGAAUCAAUUCAUGAGCAAUCUUUGAUCUCCAUUCAAUUAUUUCUGUAUUAUUGUAAAUAUUAUUCAUAUCUUUUAUUUCCUUUUGUAGUAAGGUUAUUAGGACGCAAGGCAUAUACUCCCUAUAUAUAUUUGUACAGCAUACAACUUGAUAGAAAUAUGAAAACUAUUUCAGCAAUAUUCCCCAUUGUCUCUGUUUUAAGUGCUAAUACACAUAACCCUACAUU